AUGCCAUCUGAGGUUGAAAGAGUUGUAGAAAAAGAUGCGGAUGAGAUUGAGUUUACUGGAGAGUCAAAAGAUGCCACAGAAAAGGAAGCUGAGGUGACCCAAAAAGUUGUUCCCAUGCCUAGACCUCCACCUCCCUUUCCGCAGAGGUUGGUGAAAAAGACUGAAGAAGGAAAAUACCGCAGGUUUAUAGCAAUGUUGAAACAACUUUCCAUUAAUUUUCCGUUGAUAUAUGCUUUGGAGAAAAUGCCUGGGUAUGCAAAAUUCAUGGACUUGGUGACCAAAAAGAGGGCUGUCAAUUUUGAGAAUGAUGAGAGGUGUAUGAAAUAUGAAAGUGAUCUUAAAUUGGUAUCCGUGGUGAAUCACGUUGUGGGGCAAGAAUCUGAGGUGUCCAUUAAGGAAAUGUUAGGUGUUGAUGCACUAAUAGUGGUGAUGAUGAAUUUUGACAAUGAUGGAAUUGAUGAGUAUGAUGAGCUAGUUGCUCCACUUGAUAGGUUCGAGUUUCGUUUCAAGCCAAAACGGUUGGAAUUGGAUAUGAAGAAUCGUGACACCCCACCUGCAAAACUGUCUGUUGAUGAGCCUCUAAAACUAGAACUUAAGGUUCCGCCAUCCCACUUACGGUUGUGUAAUGCUCCAACGACUUUCCAGCGUUGUAUGAUGUCGAUAUUUUCAGAUAUAGUGGAGAAAAUGAUAGAGGUAUUUAUGGAUGAUUUCUCUGUGGUAGGUCACUCGUUUGAUGAUUGUUUGACACAUUUAGCUGAGGUAGAAAUGAUGAGUAUACUCGAGGCGUGUCAUUCAUCGCCUGUUGGUGGGCACCAUAGCGGUAUUCAGACUGCUCAUAAGAUCUUGCAGUGUGGAUUUGGUACACCUAGGGCAAUUAUCAGCGAUGAAGGUUCUCAUUUUUGUAACAAGUUGUUCAAGGCGCUGCUAGAGAAAUAUGGUGUUCGUCAUAAUGUAGCCACUCUGUAUCAUCCGCAGUCUAGUGGCCAAGUUGAGGUGUCAAUUAGAGAGAUAAAGAAAAUCCUUGCAAAGGCUGUGAACGCCAACAAAAUAAAUUGGUCAAGAAGGCUUGACGAUGCUCUAUGGACCUAUCGCACCGCAUUCAAGACUCCCAUAGGUAUGUCCCCCUACCAACUUGUGUAUGGGAAGUCAUUUCACUUGCCCAUAGAGCUAGAGCAUAAAGCAAUAUGGGCACUCAAGAAGUUGAAUUCAGAUUGGGGCUUCGCUUCAAGUCAAAUACUGAUUAAGAUGAAUGAGCUUGAUGAGUUUCGCCUAAAUGCAUAUGAGACUUGA